GACCAGCUGCUCAAGGACGCGGCCGAGCUCGAGGCGGCCGAGAAGGAGGCGCGCACCCCGAACCUCACCCUGGCGGGCAAGUACGCGCCCCGCGAGGGCUCCGCCUUUGACGGCCUCGCCAAGCGGCUCUCCACACACCUCUUCGGGAACAAGAACGAGGCGGCGUCGGCGCGCAAGUACCGCAAGCUCGUCGCCUCCCUCAACCGCGCCCUCUUCACCACCGAGGUGCUGAUGGCGGCCAACCGCUGGGCGGAGAUUGAGUUUGCGCGCGUCUCGUCCCUCUGCCUGCAGCGGUCGCGCAAGGCCUUCCUCAACGAGGCGCUCAAGGGCAAGCUGGCGCCGGCGCAGGAGGAGACGGGCAACCGCCACCCCGAGGACGAGCAGCGCGUUGCGGCGCGGCACAACCUGCGCAAGGCCCUCCUCGAGAAGGGCGCCAAGGCCGUCAAGGGCAAGCAGCUGUAUCCGCACGAGAUCGCGCAAAAGUGCAUGCGCGGCGGCCGUACCGAGCUGUCGACCCUCGAGGCGGACCUGAUGCACGCGCAGUGGGAGGCGAUGCGCGAGGGCGUCAAGGAGGCGAUGGCGGCGGCGGCGGCGGCGCGCGAGGCGGCGGUCGCCGAGGCAGCGGGGGAGGGUGCGCCGCUCGAGGCGGUGGCGGCGCUGCGGGCGGCGCUGCCAAAGCCGGUCGACCUCGGCAAGCUGGUGCCGCUGAUCGACGUGUCUGGGUCGAUGGUGGGGACGCCAAUGGAGGCGGCCAUCGGCCUCGGCCUGGUUGUGGCCGAGCUUCCCACCCCGCCUUCCGCAACCGCGCCAUCACCUUCGAGUCGAGCCCGCAGUGCGGGCGCUGCAGGGUGCCAGCUGGGGCGGGUCGACCGACUUUGA